AGCACUAGUGCCAACGCGUUUGCGCAUAAAAGGCUGACAUACCCGAGAAUGAGAAAUAACGCUUUUUCGCGCACUGUUUGCGAAAUAAGCAGCCAAUGUUUUCAACAGGUUGUGGUAAUGAACACCGUUUCAAACAAUUUGGGUAUAUUUUGUUUGGCGUGUUUACCUGUCAUCUGUUUGCUAACUAGCUUACUUGCCCCAGGAACAAUGCAAAACCAGGCAAUCAAUUGGGAAAACAACUUACACAGACAGAAUGAGAGUUUGAUGAACCAAAUGAGGGAGCUACGAGAUGAAAACAACUGUCUACUAAAACUUCUUGGUGAAAAGGACUUUGAAAUAAACAACAUGAGGAAGACCCUGGAGGAUGAGAGAGUGUUGAUCUUGGCCGGUGCAAACAGCUUGGCGGGAGACGCGGCUGCUGUCAAGAUUGUGGCAUUGUCCAAGAAGAACAGGGAGCUGACUGCUGAAGUGGAGCGGGAAAGGUCGAAAUUCAAACAGCACAACAACAGAAUCAAGGAUCUUGAAAAGCAGCUGCAGGCUACUCUGCAGUCACUACCAGGACAAAAGACUGAUGCCAACAAUGUCCAGAAACCAAACUUAGCCAAUGACACUGAGGAGAGUCCAGUGGUGAAGACCUUGAAGGACAAAUUAGCUGCUGCCCAGCUAAAAGCUACUGAGUACCGCAACCAGGUUCAGUUUCUCAAACAGGAGUUAAAAGUGGCUCAAAAGGUUUUGAUGAGCGAAGUCGGUGAAGAUGUAAACAUUCAGCAGUUACUGAGUUGUCCAGGUAGCUUUAGAGGACGUGCACAGCAGAUACUGGCUCUCCACGCAAGGGUGCGAGAUCUGGAGCAGCAGCUAAAGAAGGCAACGAGUCAGGCAUGUGUUCAGAGCGUGGAAGAAGAACGUGCUAGUUUUGGAAAUCCUCAAAAAAUCCCAACUCAGGUCCGAAACAUGUGCUACAUCCGGACAAUUGAGAAGGAAAAGAAGGAAGCCUUGGAGAGGAUCUCAGCUGGCUAUGAAGCACUCCAGAAAGAGCAUGAAGAGGUGAAGAAAAAGCUGGAAGCCUCCAAAGCUAGGAACAAAUGCUUGUCUGAUGAAAAGGCAGCUCAAAUAUCCGCCCUGAGGGUUAAAAGUAAACAUGACGACGAGCUUGUAGACGUUCUGCUGAAGGAGAAGGCCCAGAUGCAAGAGACGCUGACUCAGCUCACCAAACAAUUGGAAGCACGGAGCACGGUGACCCAGCCGAAAACGGUACAGAGGCUGGACACAGAGCUGUCCAUGCAGAAUACUCUCAUCCAGAACUUGUACCAAGUGGUUGCGGACAAGGAGAACACCAUCAAAGAAUUAGAGGAGAAAAUCCAGGAGUUUUCAGUCAAGCAGGAGCAGAGUGUGGAAGGUCAGGACACCAGCAGCGCCACUUCAGCAUUUUCAUCGAAAGAGGGCGCUAUUGAGAAGCAAACGUCUGUGCUUCCCUCAGCUGUCAACGGGCCGUGGUAUUUGUAACAGUGCACAUCGCUGAGGAACCUACAUUAUAGACAACCCAGUCCUCUGCCAGUUAAUGGUAUUACACAGUAGCCAAGACAGGUGACCAGAAGAGUGAUUCAUCACGUUUGACUCAUUUCAACCCAUCAGAACCUUUCCAGGCAAAACAUGAACGCGUAGAAACCUUUGUUGUACUGUAGGAACACAUUUUGUUUCUUCUCCAACCUCUUUUUCCCCUUCAUUUGUUCUUUCUGUCCGUAACAUUUGAAUUACACUUAAGAUGAAGCGCAGUGGCUUAUUUCACUUUUGAGAAAUGCUGAUGUUGUCUCCUGGCUGGCCACUGAGCUGGAGGAAAUGGAGCCACUGAGGGCAUCGCUAAAGAGCACUCAGCAUGGUGACCUGCAGCUUUACUUGCUUGACGUGAUGAGACAAGUCAAGCAUGGCUUCCUGUAGGCUCUGUGACAUCCUCAGUCAAGACUGCGAGCGCCGCAACUUGGCCUUGGCCUCCACUACUCCUACCUUCUCUUGUCACGUGACAGAUAGCAGCCUGCAGGAACAGGCUCCUCUUUGUCCUUAUUAUUCCUCCUUUCCAUCUUCACCUUCGUCGUACUUGACUUUGGGAGUCUGCU